AUGCCGAUCCCUGAGAUCCUCACGCGCUGCGUCAACGUCCAGUCUGUGACGAUCGAGAGUGCCGAGACACGAGUCGCCGCUGCUGCCCACUUGGCGGCGAUGCCAACGCAACACUUGCGUACACUCAAGGUGCGUGUGGUCGCGAAGUACCGCAUCGACGCGUCUGCCAUCGUCGCAUGGUUGCAAGGGUCGGACGCAACGUCGUUCUCACUCGCAUGUCACUCGGUGCGUGAACCGAUGGCGCUGGUUUUUGCGAUCGAAGCGUGCUCAACAUUGUCUUCGCUGACUCUGGACGGUGUCGCCAUCGUUCAAGAAGCCUUGUCAACGGCUCCAAACAAUUUGCACCACAUCACGACACUCGCUCUGAGCAACGAUUACGGUGCGUACGACGUUUACAUGAAAGUUCUGCUGCAAAAGAUGGGCCGGGCCUUGAGUUUUUCCCUUCGAAAGACUGGCGGCCGUGAAAUGCUUUGGCGCGGCGUCAUGAGCGACCUAUGCACGCGUCCCUCGCUCGAGUCGGUGACCCUGGAUAACUGGAGCCUUCGCGCGAUGCCCACGACUGGUGCUUGUCCACGCCUCACCAGCUUCACGCUGCGUCACGUUCAAGUCCAUCACAUGGAGGAGAGCAUCCCCAAGAUUGUGCAGUGGCUCUCGACCUCGCACCGUCUCUCGUCUCUCGACUUUAGUUCCACGAUGCUCGGCAACGAUGGCUUUGCGGCGCUUGCACGUGCGCUUCCUGUCUGCAUGGCGCGCGGUCUCAAGACGCUCGGUCUGGACGCCACGGGGCUAACGGAUGGUGACGCUGUCGUGCUUGCUUUCGCCCUCGGCUCGGGUCGCAACCGACGGUCACUGACGAUCGACUUGCAAGCAAAUGACUUCGCGAUCGCGUCGGUGGCCGUGCUCCUGACGACACUGGGGACAUGCCACGAUGUCACGCUGCGUUUUGGCUCGGCCUCGGUUGCUUCGCACUUGCUGGCUCUGGACGAACCUUGCGAUGAGAAAGACGUACUCCGAGUCCUCGUGCGCGUGCACAAGCUCGAGUACAUUGCGCCUGGCACGUUUACGACGCCCCCUCGCACCUCGUUGCCAUGA